AGGAACGAUGCUAAAGGGGGACUUUUAACUUCAAACGCUCCACGCGGAUCCCUGCUCGGCACACUAGGAAAAAGACCCCCGGCCCGCUGCGUGGAGGAGCGUCAGUGGACAAACAUUGGCGGACAGGCGAUGAAACCGUCUCAAGACAUCCACUCAAGUUCGAUGUGUUGCCGCCACGAUCUUGGUCGCCAACUACAUGAAAUGCCUAGACUUUUGUGGGGUUGGAAACGUUGCUAGUUGCUACGCAGCUCAGUCGCUUAUUGGACGUCUGGCUGUCUCAUUUCUAUUCGUGUCAUCCUACACCUGUAUGAUCCGAUUAGCGGCCGCCCCGUACCGGGGCGCCGUCCAUUUGAAGGUGCCAUUUUUCUGCCUCUCCUGCAGUCGGCUUCCCGGCUGAUAUAAUCGGCCGGCCGGCUCUGACGGCCGUGCCCGUAUACGGCCGUAUGUCGUAUGUGGCCGGUGGCCGGUCGGCGGCUGCCGUGCGCGCAGACUGGGCACGUGCGCCGUAUGUAUGUAUAUCUCAGUCUGUCGGUGGCGGCCGCGCCGCUCCGAGACCCACCCCACGGCUCCAGCAUGUCGGCUGGCCGAGACGGACGCCGUGUGAGCGACAGGACACCCGUGCUAACCCCGCGGAGGCCGGUGUCGGGGCCGGGGUGGCCAGGCUGCCGGCGGCCCGGGGCCGGCUCUGACACGGCAGCCGCCGGCCGCUGACGACCGGCCCGGCCGCCGAGUGAAGCGCCGGCGCCGGCGCCAUGCCAGUGCUGUCUCUGAGGCGCAGUCCGUCCUCCGCCUCUGCGCUGGUGAAGUGUUUGCUGACGAUGAGUGUGGCCCGUGUGAAGAGCCGUACUCUUUGCCUGGUUCGGCGGCCGGCCGGGCGCCGACGCUGCAGGGUUCGCUGGGCGCCUUCGUCGGAUCGUCUGGUGCAAGGGCGGCCACUGAGGACCGACCAGCAAGCCGCAGGUAAAUUAUCGUGGAGAGGCGCCGAGAUGGUGGCCGGCGACACUAACGGUUACGGCUCGGAGGAGCACGGCGACACGGGCGGCGACUCGACGCCACGCCUCAGUCCGGCCGGCCAGCAGACGCCCACGGGCGCCAGCACGCGCACAUCGCUCGUCAAAAUGUCCGCCGACAAACGGGCCAAAAAGGUGCGCUUCUACCGGAACGGCGACCGUUUCUUCAAGGGUCUGGCGUUCGCGGUGCCGCCGGACCGUUACCGCACGUUCGACAGCCUGCUGGCCGACCUGACUCGCUCCUCGGUGGUGAGCCGCGCCGCGCUGCCGAUGGGCGUGCGCGUCAUCUUCACACUGGACGGCAUGAAGGUCAACAGCCUGGACGACAUCCUCGAGGGACAGAACUACGUCUGCUCCAGCACGGACACCUUCAAGAAGCUCGACUACCUGGGCAGCCAGGACCCGACGUGGAACACGCGGCGCGGCCAGCCCUCGCCGGCGCACACGCCGCCGCAGCACUCUGGCAGCGCGCAGGACAUGCAGACCGAGUCGAGCGAGCGGAUGACGGCCGGCGGCGGCUCGCGGGACUUCAUCCACCCCAAGCUGAUCACCGUGAUACGCAGCGGCACCCGGCCGCGCCGGCUCGUGCGCAUGCUGCUCAACAAGAAGACGGCGCACUCGUUCGAGCAGGUGCUGCAGGAGCUGUCGCGCGCCGUCAAACUCGACUCGGGUGUCGUGAGGAAAAUCUUCACCGUCGAAGGCCGACAGAUUCGGGAACUAGAAGAUUUCUUUGACAACGAUUCUCUGUUCAUCGCGUACGGCCACGAGAAGCAUCGUCCGGACGACUUUGACCUGCACCCGGACGAAAUGAAGUGGCUGAUAGGCCAGGCGGGCAGUAAGCACGUGCUCGAGCCGGGCACCGAGCAUCCCUCGGCCUUCCGCUCGUCCAGCGGCCGGCGCGCGGUGUCUGCGCGCGCGCCGGGCGGCCGCGCCUCGAUGGCCGGACCGGCCGGCGCACCCGACGGCUACAGCACGCUGGCCACGCCGCGCGCGCGCCGCCGGCUGCGCGCCAAGUCGCCGUUCCUCGCCUCUGGCCAGACGAACGGAGCGGCGCCGCCCCCCAGUGAGAGCGGCGUCGACUGCCCGGCCCGCGUGCGGGAAAAGUACUGGGUCGGCCGCAAGAUCGGCGACGGCAACUUCGCCGUGGUGUGCGAGUGUGUGCACAGGUCCUCUGGUGCUGAGCACGCGCUCAAGGCCAUCGACAAGUCCAAGUGCCGGGGGAAGGAGCAGAUGAUCGAGAACGAGGUGUCGAUCCUGCGGCGGGUGCACCACCCCAACAUCAUCCAGCUGGUGGAGGAGUUCGACUUUCCCGCGGAGCUCUACCUCGUCAUGGAGCUGGUCAAGGGCGGCGAUCUGUUCGACGCCAUCUCGACCACGACCAAGUACACGGAGAAGGACGCCAGUAACAUGGUGCGCGACCUGGCCUCGGCACUCUCCUACCUGCACCACCUGGACAUCGUGCACCGCGACAUCAAGCCGGAGAACCUGCUGCUGGUCGAGCGGCCCGGCGGCGUCAAGAGCCUGAAGCUGGGCGACUUCGGUCUGGCCCAGGAGGUGACGGGCCCCUUGUACGCCGUCUGCGGCACGCCCACCUACGUGGCGCCCGAGAUCCUCAGCGGAGUCGGCUACGGCGUCAAGGUGGACAUCUGGGCGGCGGGCGUCAUCACCUACAUCCUGCUGUGCGGCUUCCCGCCGUUCGCGUCGGCCGACAACAACCAGGAGGAGCUGUUCGACCGCAUCCUCUCUGGCGAGUUUGAGUUCACGCCGCCGUUCUGGGACGAUGUGUCGGACGCGGCGCGCGAGCUCAUCACGGCCAUGCUGCAGGUGGAGCCGGACGCCCGGUUCUCGGCCGAGGAGGUGCUCAUCCACCCGUGGAUCGCGGAAGACGAGGCUUUAGAGAAUGACAUGCACUUGACGGUCGCUCACAAGCUGGGCAUCCAUUUCGACACGGAGUCGAGCCGACAUAAGAACGCCGGCGUCAACCUGCUCACGAAGACGGCGCUGGACAAGGAGGACGAGCUGUUCCUGGGCUCGUGUCUGCUGGACGGCGCGCUCGGCUAGGGAGCACAGCUGGCAGCGGCCGGCAGCGAUACCGAAUCUCAACACAUCGACACGGUGCGGCGCGCACCUCUCGGGAGCGAGGAGCGCGCGCGCGUGAGGCUUUAGUUUUGUACCGCCGACCCGCGAGAUUGGCUCCAAAUCGGGUGUGAGCGCGUUGUGAGCUGAUACCAUUUGAUCUGGUGUGCGUGUGCCAGUUGUUGCCUUGGUUCUAACGGCGCGCCGGCCGGCGGCAGCGGACCCUAAUACCUGCUGCCGCCGCCGGCGCGCAGAGUAUUUAAUGCAAAUCUAGCGCUUUACCGGCUGCGCGCGCGCGAGCGGCGGCCGAGACGGCGCGGACGGCGCUGUCCCCUGUUUUUUUCUAGUCUGUACGCCGGGCGCGCGGCCGACGACGGCCGACGGCGGCCACCUCAGGGCCGGCGGACGCCGGGCGCGCCGCGCUGCCACGUUUGUCCUACGUGCACAAAGAUACCGCUGGGCUAAUACCGCGCUGUGUAAUGUAUUUUUCGUAGUAAUUAUUUUGUCAAAUAAAUAGUCGCACUCAGUCGACGAUGCUUUUAUAAUGUGACUACGAAAUACAGAUUUAAUUGGGUCCUA